AUGGCCGCGCUGGAGCUGGCCGUCCGCUGUCCGACGGGGCUUGCCCCUCCGCCGGCACCAUCGGCCGCUCCACUUGCAACGAUCCUGACAGCGGAGGGCGGACAAUGGCUUAUGACGAACCAGGCGACGGACACGCCACACGAAGGAGCUGCUCGCACAGAGGAUAACGGGGCACAGGAAUAUGUGACAGUCAGUACACAAGAAGGAGAUCUGAGAGGUCAAAUCGAAGCAACGUACACCAAUAAUACGAUGUACAGUUUCAAAGGCAUCCCCUAUGCAGAGUCUCCAGUUGGUGACCUCAGAUUCCAGAGCCCAUCGCAGAACGAAGCACUGAAAGCUGUCGUGGUGUACAUCCACGGAGGAUGUUUCACUGGCGGAAGCGGUGCUAUAAGUGAGCCUCGCUCCUUCGUGGACAACGACGUUGUAUUUGUCAGUAUAAAUUAUCGCCUAGGAUUGCUAGGUUUCCUCAGCACGGGAGAUGAAGUCGUCCCUGGAAAUACGGGCCUCAAGGAUCAAGUGGAGGCUCUGAGGUGGGUGCAGAGGAACAUAGCGGCGUUUGGCGGCGAUCCAGAGAGAGUGACUAUCUUAGGCCAAAGCGCAGGAGGAGCUUCCAUUCACUACCACGUCCUAUCUCCACUUAGCAAAGGUCUCUUUAAGAACGCCAUAGCAAUGAGCGGGUCAGCGCUGAACCCCUGGGCUUUCUCCAAAAACGCAACAGACAGAGCAAUACGCUUCGCGAACUACUUGGGAUAUUCGGGGCAGAACUCCUCAGAUCUCGUAGACUUUCUCAAAACCGUGGAUGGACGCACCCUCGCACAAGGCAGUGACAAAGCUCUGUCAGAGGAGGACAGACUGAGUUUAUUUACAUGCGUCUGGGCACCCAGUGUCGAACCGGAUCACGAAGCAGCCUUUCUCACAGAGGAACCAUGGCGGCUGGUGGCUGAAGGUCGCUACAAUCACGUCCCGUACAUGUCGGGAGUUACGGACCUCGAACUAGUUGCCCAAAUUCACGGUUCGUUUGGUACUGGAUCGCUGGCCACAGAAGAAGACAUCAGUAACCUGAACGCAAACUUCGAGGAAAUUGUUGGGUGUGAUCUGAGACUCCCGACCAGAGAGGAGCAGCUCAGUGGCGCUCAUUCAGUGAGACUGUUUUACUACAACGACAGCGAGAUCACGCUGCAGGACAACUACACCACUGCUCUGUUUGAUUCUCAUCUGUUUUUCGUGGAGGGAGUUGACGCUGUCGUAAGAAGUAUGGCCAGAUAUUCUUCAGAGCCGGUAUACUACUACGAAUAUACUUACAACGACGGAGUUAUCAACCAAUAUCCUGAAGGUGCAGGCCACGCCGCCGACAUAAUAAACAUGUUCUUUUCGACUUCACUUGAUCCCACAUCAGAUGGUGCUAUUCUCAGCGACCAGAUGACUGCAAUGUGGGCUAAUUUUGCUAAGUAUGAUAAUCCCACUCCAGAACUGAACUCACUGCUGACGGAAAAAUGGGGAACCUACAACGAAUCGUCACCCUUCUACUUGGAGCUAACAGCUCCUCUGAAGCCAAGAAUGAGAUUAUUUGAGUCCUACAUGAACUUCUGGCACAGUUUACUGCCAUAGGAAGUGCAACAGCCAGAAUAUAAAUUUUGUGGCACGUUACU